AUGCCCCCACAUGGUCUACUUGAAAAUAGGUCAGAAUAUUCAAAAUCUUUCAAUGUACUUGACUAUACACAAAUUGUUGACAACAACCAACGUUUAUUUUUAAACAAUACUAUUUUGAGUAAGUUAUUAAGCAAUAUCGUGCAUCCAUUAGUUUUUAAUGGCUUACUUAGUUUGACAUGUUGUUACUUUGAGUCUAAUGCAUAUAAAUCGUUUUCUUUUGUUCAUAAUUACCAAAUCCGAUUGAUAUUCCACGAGUUAUAUUUGAGAUAUCAUUUGAUUUCUAUUAGAAGUUUAACUGACAUCAUCGAUAAAAUUGAUAGAAGAGACAAACAAAACAGCAAAGAUACUGAUGACUUGUACAUUGGAUUGAUAGGGUCGAUUCUACUCAACUACAUUUCUUUGUAUGAUGAUAACCAAACCUCAUUUGCAUUUUCGAAUGGCAUAAUUCAAUUAUCAAUACAAGUUAUUGAAUUGGCUCAUAAGCAGAACCAAGACAAUUUCAAAGGAGGGUAUAUCGAACAUUUAAUAUUGGCAAGCAAAUCAAGUUUUUUUCCAAGUUACCCUUCCCUUCCGUGUUUAGUAGAGUUCAAAGAAAUGCUAGAAAAGUUUAGACGUUACCUAGUAAUGAAAAAAGUUCUGAAUAACGGUAUACUAUCUAACAUUCAUGCACUAAAUCAGUUUGUUAACAAAUUAUUGGGGAUUUGUAAUACCAACGAUAGUAUCAAUAAUAAUCCCAAAUUAUUGAAACAGUUGUUACGAGAGUGGCUACUUAUUAUACCGACAAAUUUAUACUUAUUUAAUACCAACCCUAGUGACAGCCAUUGUAUCCCCAAUACUACUCCUACGACCGACACUUUGGCCGCUUUUGCUAUCAAUAACAACGAUAAUAAUAAUAUUAUUCAAUAUAAAAUAAUUGUGAUGAUGUAUUAUGAAACAUUAAGUAAAGUGUUAGAUAAUUUUUUCCCCAAAACAUUAUUUUAUAAUUUAUAUUCAUUUGGAUCAUGUUUUACUCGACCAAUUGAGUUUGCAAAAUUGGAUUCUCAAAAAAUACGUUUGAUUAAUUUACAAAUUUUCAGUAAAUAUUGUUUAAAAGUUUGUAAAUUUUUCAAAAUAAGAUUCCAAUUAUUGAAUAAUUUACUAACUAAUAACUUUGAAUAUUUAGAUCAAUUUGUUUAUUCAAUAAAUGAAGUCCCCAUUAAGAAAUUCAAUAAUCAUGUUUUGAAACCAAUAAAUUUUUUGCAUUUCCCAAAAUCAGUACAGUUACCUAUUGAAGAUUUACAGUAUAUAAACAGUUUUAUUCAAGAUACAAGCAAUAAUGACAACAACAACUCCAAUCAACUGUUGUAUAAUUACAAUCACCAACAUUUGGCUCAUUUCAGCACUUCCUUUUAUAAUGAUCCACAAAUAAAUUUCCAUGGAAUUAAUAUGGGAUAUUUGGAUCACGAUCAAUAUCAAUAUCAAAAUCGUCAAAAUAAUUGCUUUGGAUUUGUGAAUACCUUAUAUAAACAGUAUUCUCAACUCAUUAAUAAGCAUUUACAAGAAUCGUAUUCUAAUAUAUUUAGGGGGGAUAAAAGACAACAACUGCUACUACGACUAUCGGUGUCACUGCCACUGUCACUGUUACUGCCAUUAUUACUGCAGCACAUUUUGCAGCAACAGUCAGUUGAAUUGUUAACUGAUUACGAACCAGUAUAUGCCAGACUAAUAGAAGAGAAUGCAUCAAUAGAGAAUAAUUUGGAUAAUGACGAGAAGCUAGCUUGGAUUGUGAAUUUUGAAGAAUUGAGAAAACAAGAGAUGGAUAUAACAACUGAACAAGAUAGUUAA